UAUAAUGGUGACUCAGAUCAAGUGCACCCUUAGUAGCAAGAGAAGAAAUGGUAAAAUAGGUUUGGCGCGGCUGGUAGACUAGCAGCUGAGUGCAGAGGCAGAGAAACCUAGGUCAAAUCCGCGGUCCAGCUGCUUUUUAGUAUUUAAGGCGGGCCGAGAGACAUUCGUACAUUUACUAAGAGAGACUUGGUCCGGUUUAAUUUGGGGUUCACCCUCAGUCUCUUGUCAGCCGUCUAUUGAAGCUUGCCCUGCGCAGGCAGACGGGAAUACCUUGAAAAUGCCUCCCAUCGAUAAUGACACCGGGAAGAACGAACUCAAAUGUCGGAUACAGCAGCUUAUUGACUCCAAUCAAGUGAUGGUUUUCAGUAAAAGCUACUGUCCGUUUUGUAUCAAGGUGAAAGACUUGUUCAAAGAGCUGCAAGUCGAUUGUAAUGUGGUGGAGUUGGAUCUCAUAGAGGAUGGAACUAACUACCAGGAGAUGCUGCUCGAGAUGACCGGACAAAAAACUGUUCCUAAUGUCUUCAUCAACAAGACGCACGUUGGCGGCUGUGACAACACAAUGAAGGCUCAUAAAGACGGCAGCCUGCAGCAGCUACUGAGCAAUAAUGAAGCUUAUGACUACGACCUGAUAGUCAUCGGAGGAGGCUCUGGGGGCCUGGCCUGCUCAAAGGAAGCUGCUGCAUUGGGGAAGAAGGCCAUGGUACUGGACUAUGUUGUGCCAACACCAAAAGGAACAACCUGGGGUAAGUCACUCAUGUGUCUUUUUUGGGGUAGAAUGUUUUUUGUAAUUUUUUUAAACAUCUGCAUUCCCAAGAAGCUGAUGCACCAGACGGCCGUGCUGGGCACCGCCAUGCAGGACGCACGCAAGUUCGGCUGGGAGUUUGACGAGACAGUGAAGCACAACUGGGAGACGAUGAAGACGGCGGUGAACAACUACAUUGGCUCGCUGAACUGGGGCUACAGGGUGGCACUGAGAGACAAGAAUGUCAACUAUGUCAAUGCCUAUGCAGAGUUCAUUGAACCACACAAAAUCAAGGCAACAAACAAACGGGGGAAGGAGACCUUUUACACAGCGGCCAAGUUUGUCUUGGCUACAGGCGAGAGGCCGCGCUACCUGGGCAUCCCUGGAGACAAGGAGUACUGUAUCACCAGUGACGACCUCUUCUCGUUGCCCCACUGCCCGGGAAAGACCCUUGUGAUCGGGGCAUCGUACGUGGCUCUGGAGUGCGGUGGUUUCCUGGCCGGCCUGGGUCUCGAUGUCACCAUCAUGGUCCGGUCCAUCCUGCUGAGGGGCUUCGACCAGGACAUGGCCAACCGUGCCGGAGAGCACAUGGAGGAGCACGGUGUCAAGUUCCUCCGCAAAUACGUCCCUGUAAAGAUAGAGGAGCUGGAAGCAGGCACUCCUGGCAAGCUGAAGGUGACAGCCAAGUCCACAGAAACCGAUGAGCUCAUCGAGGGAGAGUACAACACUGUGUUGAUAGCAGUGGGCCGAGACGCGUGCACAGACAAGGUUGGCCUGGACAAGGCAGGGGUCAAAGUCAACCCCAAGAAUGGAAAGAUUUCAGUCAACGAUGAAGAGCAGACCAAUGUGCCCCACAUCUACGCCAUUGGAGACAUUCUGGACGGCAAGUGGGAGCUGACUCCUGUAGCCAUCCAGGCUGGCAAGCUGCUGGCACGACGCCUCUACGGGGGCUCAACGCUUAAGUGCGACUAUGUCAACGUUCCCACCACUGUCUUCACCCCACUGGAGUACGGCUCCUGUGGUCUGUCAGAGGACAGAGCCACCGAGCUCUAUGGGCAGGACAACCUGGAGGUGUUCCACAGUCUGUUCUGGCCUCUGGAGUUCACCGUGCCCGGCAGAGACAACAACAAAUGCUACGCUAAGAUCAUCUGCAAUAAACUGGACAACGAUCGAGUCAUUGGGUUCCACUAUCUGGGUCCAAAUGCUGGAGAGGUGACGCAGGGCUUCGGUGUAGCCAUGAAAUGUGGUGCCACCAAGGAGCAGCUGGACUCCACCAUCGGCAUCCACCCAACCUGUGCUGAGAUCUUCACCACUCUGGAUGUAACCAAGAGCUCUGGGGGAGACAUCACCCAGUCCGGCUGCUGAGGUUAAACCCUGCGCGUUUAGCGGGCUGCUCUCAUAUUAGGCUCUCCUACCAACUCCUCUCAUCUUAGUUUUUAAAGCUCCGCCUCCCCUCCAGCUGCUCCGUCUACAGGGCAGUUGUUUCUCAGGACAAACGUAACACCGUGGCCAGCGUCUGAAUGAGCCUCGAGGCGACUGAAAGAAUCCAGAGCUGAGGAUGUGCAAGUCUCCAGCUCUGGCUGAGGUAGUUUGAUAUGAGGGCAGCCUGCUGAACAGCGGGGUUACUCUGCUGCUAUUUCUCCUGGGCUCCACUAGUGUGUCCUUCUCAGAGGAGCACCAACACACACACUCUACUACUGAGAACGUGUGUGUGUUUGGGCUGUUUGUGACGUCCUAGCCCGUAACCUGAAAUACUCGGGUGGGCGAGGAUCGAUGUCCCUCUGCAGAAGCGCCUGGCGGGGGCCCAAACCCUUCGUCCAACUCCCAACUUCAAACACUUCUCAUCCACCCCCCAGUAUACAGAUUCCAUACGGACUGGAAUUGACUUCAAUAAGACAUUAAAAUGUGCACACAACCAGGGUUUGAAUGGAUGCACGGCUCUGAACUCUGGUCCAGCUUGUGAUGGAAACCUUCUGUAAUCUGGUCUGUCUGUGCAUGUAUAGAUUGACUGUCAUCACGUCUUUUCUGUUGAGCCUUCACCAUUCCACACAUAUUCCUCUUACCAGGUCUUUAGGAUGAAAUUGAGGCGCAUACAUGUUGCUGUCAAUAUGCGUCUUUUGCUAUGUGGAGGCACUGGGGGUUUUCUGCCUUUUUUAAAGAGAACUAUCUUUACAGGGUUCAUACGUUUUGAAAAAACCUGGAAAAGUUAUGGAAUUUGAAAAAUGCAAAUUCCAGGCCUGGAAAGGUUUUGGAAACCUAAAAAGACCCAGAAAGUUUUGGGAAAGUCAUGUAAUGUUUUUUUUUAACACAGCAUAAUAAUGUCAUUAAUAAAUGUAUUUUCACGUUGUCUUAACCUCAACGUUGUAUUCGGGGAGAGAUAUGAUUAAUCCAUCUAUGAACCACAGACAUUAUCAUUCAUGUUAUAGUUAAACCUCUGAGGGUAAACUUUAACACCGAUUUGUAUUCUUAUUGUAUAAUGUCGACUGACAUUUUCAGGAACACAUAGUCAUGGAAAUUUGCCAAAAAGUCAUGGAAAAGUAUUGGUUAAAAUGCGUAUGAACCCUGUCUUGAUCUCUUCCAAAGUAUUUCUCUAAACAAGUCUGCAGAGAGAUCAUGAGUCGGCACCUUUCCAACCUUGAUGUGCUGCAUCACAACCCUUUCAGAUAAAAUUUAAUGGAAAAUACAACCGGAAUUGUACCGAAUGUUUAAAAAAAAGAAACCUUUUCUAAAUUAAGUUAAUGCUUGUUUGUUGCAUCUUGCUGUUUGCCUCUGCUUUAUGUGUAUGUAUAAAGAUCUGUUCAAUCUUCUAGAGGACGGCGUUCCAGCUGCUGUCGGUCAUCUGUAUGAAUGACUUGUUUGUUGGUGUCAGACCGCUGUAGAUGACUUCUCUCUAAAGAUUUAAUAAAGACUGAAUUCUCCUUCA